CAUGGUCAGUCACCAAUUGGCAAUAUUAGUACUGCACAGUACUAGUAUUUCAACAUCUCGAUGUUCACGAAGCCUCUCAUUCUCACUCGAGGCUCCAGUGAGAAGGUAGCAAAUCAUGACCUCGGACACUGAACCUCAGCCGAUGCCGCGCGAUGCAGAGAUAUACGCAUCAAGGCCUUAUCACACGUUGUCAUCACCACCUCGUGGUUACUAGUCUCGACUUCACGAUAGCACAUCAAAGUCGUCAAAAAAGACCCUCUUGGGCCUAGGGGAGAUCUGCUCCCUGCAGUUGUUUCAACUACCGAGCACGCCCCAUUGUGCGAUCAACGGAUCGUGCACGAGAGACAUGGAAAGCCGGAUGAGACACCGAUGUGUUCGACGCAGGGAGACCAUGAUUGUUCACAGUGCCGCCGAAGCUGGCAUACCUCCACCUUCCCAUUCUCGCUUGUUUGGGGUAAAUCUGAGGUGUCCGGGGCACCAACUGAAUGGGGCUUUCCCGCUCUCUAUUCGCUUGUGGCAAGAGGAUCCGCGGUUGGCGUUUCAAUAAGCACAAUAAGCUGCGCUGAUGGGAAUACUCCGGAUGCUUUUGCGUAACUGUAUGUGGCCGCAUCAGAUGGCGAUUGGUUGCGAAAGACUUUAUGCAUGGCUGAGGCUGCGCUCCGACACAUAGCAUGGAAGCGCCCCAUGCCAGGAAAAACCCAGUGAAGAACAACAGUCGCCAACAGUUUUCCGGGCGUGGUCUAGUUUGGAGCAGGCAUCCGAAGUUGCGACGGAAUCACUGCCGCAGCUUGGGCACAUGCCUCAUCCUUAAAAGUCACCAUUUCACCCCUUCAGCGACACAGCUCGAGCUUGACGAGAGCGCAGUGCAGUUCAAGUGAUACAACAAGGUGUGAUUUCUGCCGCUUGAAGUCGAACUUCCUAGACACCUUCCUUUCUCAGCAACGAUCAAGCAAGAUGCCCUUCGGAAUCAUCGAUUGCAAGAAGCUGGAGGUCGUUCCUGGCACCUCUUUCAUGAGCGACCAGGACGAUCUCCCACCUGAAUACUCGGAAGUGCCCCGAGACCUGCUAAAGCACGGCAAGGGCAGGUUCUCCAACAUCAUCCUGGUUCCUCAACCGUCAGACUCGCCAAACGACCCCCUGAAUUGGCCGCAAUGGCAGAAGGAAAUGAUUCUUCUCAUCGUUGGGCUGAGCGCUGCCGUUGUUGGUGCGUUCGGUCCUAUGUUAUCCCCAGGAUUCGUCCCCAUCUCGGCGGAACUGGGCAUUACAGUCGAGGUUCUAUCUCAAGCCACUGCGUGGUUGAUUCUCACCAUCGGUCUCGGUCUUUUCAUCACCAACCCUCUUGCCAAACUGUACGGAAAGAGGCCAAUCUACAUACUGGCCAGCGUCAUCAUGCUAGCAUGCAGCAUCUGGGGAGCUGUAGCUACCAACUACACUUCAUUCUUGGCUAGUCGAGUGGUCUCGGGUAUCGGCAUGGCACCAUAUGAGGUCUUGGUUCAAUGUACGAUUGGAGACCUUUAUUUUGUUCACGAACGUGCCACUCGAAUCGCAGUAUGGAACUUGUUUCUUCUGACCGGCAUCGCUGGCGGAGCCUUGGUGUCUGGAUACAUCAUCGAAUACGACGGCUACAAGUGGACAUUUGGAGUUUGCGCCAUCUUCUUCGGAGUCCUCCUGUUCGGCGUCCUGUUGUUUGUGCCAGAGACCUCAUACCGUCGCGACGCCCUUGUAGUCGUCCCGGUCCAAGAUGAAGUUGUUGGCGACGCGGAAAAAGCUGGAACAGCACAUGUCCACAUGGGUCUUGGUCACGAACAUGACGUCUCUCAAGCCCACGGCGAGAAAAACAAGCAUCUUUCGUACUCGGCCACCCGCGGCGCAGACGAGCCGAAACAUUCGUACUUGCGGUCAUUGAGGGUCUUUACCGGCCGCUACAGCUAUGCUCCUCUCUUCAAAGUCUUUAGCCGUCCGGUGGUCUUGUUCUUUUAUCCCGCGGUGUUCUGGGGUUUUUUGGUAUAUGGUACCACGUUGACUUGGAUUGUUGUCUUCUCGGUCGUCAAUGGGGUGAUAUUUGUGGCGCCACCAUACAACUUCACCGUCUCGCAAGUCGGCUUGAUCAGUCUGUCACCCUUUAUCCUGACUCUACUGGGAGAAGUGAUCUCUGGACCUCUCAACGACUGGAUCUGUGUUUACCUGACCAAGAAGAACAAGGGUAUUUAUGAGCCCGAAUUCAGAUUGGUGCUUAUGGUGGUUGUGGCGAUCCUGGGAACUGUCGGGUUCUUCGGCUUUGGUGCCACGGUGCAUUAUGAGACUCACUGGACGGGCCCUGUUCUGACCUUCGGCCUUGCGAACAUGAGUCUUGCCUUUGCCUCAACCUGCGUUUUCGGAUAUGUGAUCGACUCAUACCCCAAACUGAACGAGGAAGCGUUUGUGGCCAUCAACGCUCGAAAUCUGUUGACCUUCGGGCUUACCUAUUUCGUCAAUAACUGGCUGGCCAAAGACGGCGCUCUUAAGGUGUUCUGUGUCCUCGGAUCACUGUUCUUGUUCGUAUGCUUCUUGACUAUCCCUUUGUGGAUCUAUGGCAAGAAGAUUCGAUCCGCGAUUGGGAGGAACGAAUGGCUGCAGAGAUAUAUGAACGAUGACUUCUAAGUGGAUGUGGUGACAUGACAAAUAAGGUCUGGGCGAAGUUAUUUGGGGGCUUGGAAAGAAGCAACCAUGAUGAGCUGGAUUUAUCCACCAUUGCCGAUACAAGACCAUGCGGUCGAGUCAUCCAGGGUCGAUGGUUGUCUCCAGCUAAUAUCUAUAAUGGUUAGGAGCCCAUGACGUGUCUCUGUACUUACACGGUACAAAUGGAUUGUCUGGGUGUG